UUUAAAAAUUUGACAUAUGACAAUUAUCAAUUGAAAAAAAUCAAUACUACAAUAGUUACCUAGUUGAUAAAUUUUAAUAUUUAAGUGUAAAACUAACAAACACAUAAUAAAUAAAAUAAAAAACACUGAGCAUUUAUUAAUUUCCGAUGAAAAUUAAUACAAUGAAGUACAUUUCAGAAUUAUUAGAAAGCAUCAAUCGUUGCCUACUACCAAGAUUGGAUUUUAAUUUCGAAGAAAGCACAGUUCACGCAGAAUUUGAUGUUAGAAAUAAGAAUUUACGACAUAACUUUCAAUUAUUGGAACAAUGUCUAGGAGAUUUAGAUAUAUUAAAAACAAAGGAGACUUCAGCAAUAAUAUCAUCACUACUGAUAUUGUAUAAGGAACUCACUUGUGACUGUCCAUGGAAUAAUGAAAACACACAGGAAUAUUCUAAAAAAUUAAACAUAUACUUUGAGCUAUUGUGUGGGUUACGAUUGGAUAAUAUAUUACAGCAGAAUAGUAAUUUUGAUGUACAAGAAAUAUAUGAUAAAUCACUUGAUGUUUUGCACGGUAAACUUACAUAUGAUAAUUUUAAGAAAUAUCCGGGCCAAAUUGAAGUUUACUGCUCAAUAGUAAAAGAUUUAAGAAAGUACAAAGUAGGUUUAAACCCCCAAAAGAUAUUUCCAGUGUCAUUGUUAUUAAUUGAUGAUUACAACAAUACAAACAGAAGUAAAGGAUUAAUAUGUUGUCUUUCAAUAUUGAGAUGUAUGGAGUAUAAAGAUUUUGAUGGUGGAAAUUAUUAUGAAGUUGUAUAUAGAAGUUUAAAGAAAACAUUUAUUGAGAAAGAUGCUGAUGUUACAAAAUUGACACAUGCUUGCUUAUUGGAAUUGUGUAGAAUGUUUCCAUCUGAUGUGAAGCAUGUUAAACUGGAGGAGAUCUACACUGGGAUUCUAGACCAGUUAUACACAGAAUCUAAUUUACAGAGGAAAGCAGAAUGUUUUAAAUUCACUAAACAUAUUAUUCAAUUACACAAAAUCAAUUGUGUCAGUAAAAAUAUUUUCAAAACAAUUAUGUGUGACAGUUUGGACGUCUGCACAAAUGAGGCUGUUGCUGAAAUACUUUUGCCUAGUAUGUUACAGUGUUUAGAAGAAUGGAUCAGAUAUUGUUGGUGUAUAUGGAAGCUGCAUUCUGAUCACAAAAUGAUUUCUAUCCUCUUCAAAGUUUUAUAUACAUGUAAGGAUGAAGACAUAGCCACACACAUGCAAAAACUUCUCAUUACAAUCAUUAGCCUCUGUAAAACUGAUGAACAAGAACAAAUUAUUGCUGAUUUAGAGAAAGCUAUUGAUAUGGAAAAUAAUAAUUUCAAUACGCGUGUAGAAACAAUAAAACAAGAAAUUUAUAUCGGUGAAUGUACAUGUAAAUAAAAGAUAGAAUAUAUCACAUUCAACAGUUAUUAUAAAUUUAAGUAUUAAUUCUUUAUUUUGUAUAAAAUAUUAGCAACAUCAGUUAUAGUAGGUCUGCUUUUUCGAUUGUAUUCUAAGCAAUUUUGGGCUAAACUAUAAAUUUCCUUGGCUUUCGACCAAGUUGUAACACAAGGAUCUAAUAAAGGACUAAUAUCAUUA